AUGACUACCGUGGGCUACGGAGACUUCUUUCCGAGGUCCGCCGCAGGCUACGUCAUAGCCUCUGUCCUCACUUUCGUGAGCAUGCUUUUCUCAGCGCUUCCCGUGGGAAUCAUCGGCCACGUCCCAAGUGCUGUUGAUAACCCGGCUCCGCAAGAAUUUCGACAAGUGGGGCUAUACCUCUCAAGACGUUCGAGUGCUAUUCGAGCACGUAGACGAGGAUGGCAACGGCACCUUGAACUUGGCCGAAUUUUUGGAGCUGAUCCAUCAGAUGAGAGUCGGGAUCAGCUUCGACAACGCCUUCCGGAUCUUCACGAUUUUCGAUGA